AUGGAGGCGCUGCUGCUGGGCGCGGGGCUGCUGCUGGGCGCCUACGUGCUGCUCUACUACAACCUGGUGAAGGCCCCGCCCUGCGGCGGCGGCGGGAGCCUGCGGGGCCGCACCGCGGUGGUGACGGGCGCCAACAGCGGCAUCGGGAAGAUGACGGCCCUGGAGCUGGCGCGCCGGGGAGCGCGCGUGGUGCUGGCCUGCCGGAGCCGGGAGCGCGGAGAGGCGGCGGCCUUUGACCUUCGCCAGGAGAGCGGGAACAAUGAAGUCAUCUUCAUGGCCUUGGACUUGGCCAGUCUGGCCUCAGUGCGGGCCUUCGCUACUGCCUUCCUGAGGUCUGAGCCGCGGCUGGACAUCCUCAUCCACAAUGCUGGGAUCAGUUCCUGCGGACAGACCCGGGAGCCCUUUAACCUGCUCCUGCGAGUAAACCACAUCGGCCCCUUCCUGCUGACACACCUGCUGCUGCCCCGGCUGAAGGCCUGCACCCCCAGCCGCGUGGUGGUGGUGGCCUCCGCUGCCCACCGGCGAGGGCGCCUGGACUUCGCACGCCUGGACCGCCCGGUGGUGGGCUGGCAGCAGGAGCUGCGAGCAUAUGCCGACAGCAAGCUGGCCAACGUGUUGUUUGCCAGGGAGCUCGCCACACAGCUUGAGGGCACUGGCGUCACCUGCUAUGCAGCUCACCCAGGGCCUGUGAACUCGGACCUAUUCCUGCGUCAUGUUCCCGGAUGGCUGCGCCCACUUUUGCACCCACUGGCUUGGCUGGUGCUCCGGACCCCGGGAGGGGGUGCCCAGACGCCCCUGUACUGCGCUCUCCAGGAGGGCAUUGAGCCCCUCAGUGGAAGAUACUUUGCCAACUGCCGUGUGGAGGAGGUGCCUCCUGCUGCCAGAGACGACCGGGCAGCUCACCGGCUGUGGGAGGCCAGCAAGAGGCUGGCAGGGCUUGGACUGGGAGAGGAUGCCAAGUCUGAUGAAGACCCCCACCCUGAGGACUCAGGAACCCCAUCUUCUCUGAGCAGCCCCCACCCUGAGGAGCCCACAGUUUCUGAACCCCAUCCCAGCCCUCAGAGCUCACCAGACUUGUCUAAGGUCACACACCGAAUUUGGGUUAAAGCUGCACCUGAGCCCCAGGCCUCUUAA